CAGGACGAGCACCGACUGGCUUUGUAUAACAGGGAACAGGGAGUCUCUAACUUGUUUGAUUACCUACUUUAGCUUUGUCAGCAAAGUCAUAUAAAGGUAAGACUUAUGAAAGUGAACACGGCUCACACGAACGGCAGCUUGCAAGAAGAGAGUGGGAGAGCGAUGGAUCCCCUGGUAGCAGCUAUCGACCAAGGCACCAGCUCGACUAGGUUCCUGGUGUUCAACGCUAAAACAGCAGAGGUCGUCAGUCAACACCAGGUUGAAAUCAAGCAGAGUUUUCAAAAAGAAGGAUGGGUGGAGGAAGAUCCCAUGGAGAUCCUUCAGUCCGUGUACGAGUGCAUGGAGAGGACCUGUGACAAGAUGAGUCCUCUCCACAUCUCCAACAUCAAGGCUGUCGGAGUGACCAAUCAGAGAGAGACUACAGUCGUGUGGGACAAGGACACCGGAAAACCUUUAUACAAUGCUAUUGUCUGGCUGGACCUGCGGACACAGUCCACGGUGGAAAGACUGAUCAACAAGACCCCCGGCCAGAACAAGAACUACCUGAAGCAUAAAACAGGCCUGCCCAUCAGUACGUACUUCAGUGCGUUCAAGCUGCGCUGGCUCAUGGACAACGUGGAGGAGGUGCGGGAGGCGGUCCAGUCACACCGGGCCAUGUUCGGUACUGUGGACGCCUGGCUCAUCUGGUGCCUGACGGGGGGGAAGGAUGGAGGGGUUCACUGCACAGACGUGUCCAACGCCAGCCGCACCAUGCUGUUCAACAUCCACACUCUGGACUGGGACCCGGAGCUCUGCAGGUAUUUUGAUGUCCCAAUGGAAAUAUUACCCAAAGUAAGAAGCUCUUCAGAAGUAUAUGGAUCACUGAAAUCCGGUUCUCUCGCAGGAGUGCCAAUUUCAGGGUGUCUAGGAGACCAGUCGGCCGCCCUAGUGGGACAGAUGUGCUUCCAGGAUGGACAGGCCAAAAACACGUAUGGAACUGGUUGCUUCCUGUUAAGAAACACAGGGCUCAAGCCAGUGAUGUCCGACUACGGGCUUCUUACCACGGUGGCCUACCAGCUGGGGAAAGACGCUCCUGCCUGCUACGCUCUGGAGGGCUCCGUGGCUAUAGCAGGGGCAGUGGUGAGGUGGCUGAAGGAUAACAUGGGGAUAGUCCAGUCCACCUCUGAGAUAGAGAAGCUGGCGGCAGCUGUUGGCACGUCGUACGGGUGUUACUUUGUUCCUGCCUUCUCUGGUCUGUACGCCCCCUACUGGGAACCCAGCGCACGAGGGAUCAUCUGUGGACUAACUCAGUUCACGAACAAGAACCACCUGGCCUUCGCUGCCCUGGAGGCAGUCUGUUUCCAGGCCAGAGAGAUCCUGGAUGCCAUGAACAAAGACACAGGGCUGCCCCUGGCUCGGCUGCAGGUGGAUGGGGGGAUGACCUCCAACAGGCUGCUGAUGCAGCUGCAGGCCGACAUCCUCGGCAUCCCCGUGGACAGGCCAACCAUGUCAGAGACGACGGCUCUGGGGGUAGCCAUGGCGGCGGGGGCGGCGGUGGGGGUGUGGAGCCUGACCCCUGGUGACCUCCCAACCUGCAUCCCCGAAACCUUCCAUCCCCAGAUCAAAACAGACGAGAGUGAGUUUCGGUUUGCGCGUUGGAAGAAGGCUGUCCAGAAAGCCAUGGACUGGGAGACCAUAGAGCCGAUCUCCUAUAAUAACGUGGUGAGCAAGAAGAUGAACGGAUCGCCCUGGGGCAUCCCCCCUCCCAGCCCGCUGCCCAGCAGAGCUGACCCCUGAGGUCUGGCUCUUCCAUGUAGGUCACAAUCAGUAGGAUUUGAACCAGGACACAUCGCCACUGCCAAGGAACUAAAUGGGGGAAUUCACAGGCUGAGAGAAUGGCUCCUGGCAGCUGAGCGUCAACAAUCAGCAGCGGUCCACAACAGCCUCUGUACUUUGGAGCUAGAAAGCUGACCAAUGACUGAUCUGUAUUUGAAUAUGAAAGAUCUGAAAUAUUUGUAUGUCGAAUUUCAUCAAACUGAAAUAUUUUGUUGUUGAAUAUAUGAUAUCUGAAUUAUUUGUAUUAUAUUUGUAUUGAAUUUAAUAAAACUGAAUUAUUUUCAUCCGGAAA